CUCUAACCAUAACGCUGAUCUGAAAAUUAAUUUUAACAUGACAUAAUUUAGCUCUGAAUCUUCACUUAGCUUCUACCAUCCUUUACAUAAACACUGACUUAAAUGCUAUAGAUAAAGGACUACCUUAGACAGCAUCCUUCUGAAGUAAAAAGCCUUGAUGCCUCUGGAAGUAAGACCUAGUCCUCCAUCUCUCUAGGCAGACACCCAUCUGUAAUAAAACUUUCAAGCCAGAUUAAGAACAUUUUGAACAAGUCAAAGAUGUCGAGCAAGGAUAAAAAUUCUGAAUUCAUUACAGUGACUGAACGAAUUUUCAAAGAUAGCCAUAACCGUACAAUGGAAGAGAUCAAUCUCCUACGUAAGUUCCUUAAUAGGAAAUAAAACUCCUAUUAAGUUCAAGGAUAUUGAGAGCAAGUCCAAGAAAAUAGAUGAUGAUGCAUUCCAUGAGACUAAGGUCGAAAUCAAUAGGAUUGUUAAUAAGGAACUUAGAGAGAAGGAAGAGCUGAGAAAAUAAACAGUAUGAGAAAAAUUUCGGAGAAUUUGAAAUGCCAAAAGUCAAGGCUCCCAAUUUUUCUCACAGAAGCUCUUCACAGAUCCAGGCGGAGCUAGCUAAGGUGCCGUUUAAGUGCAGAAUUACUAAUUAUUGUGGGGAAGAUCAAGCGUAUUUCAGGUUUAAGAACAACACCUUGCUACAGAAAGAAGACUCUCCUGAUAUCCAGAAGAUUCUUCCUGAAAUCUCUCAAAAUGUGAUGAAGAUACAGACUGAGAAUUUAGAGUUGAAGAAAAUAAUUUCAAAAUAAGUCUUCAAGGAAGAAGAAGCUCAAGAAGUUAAAGAUUGGUCUCAACAAAUCGACUAAUCUAGAGUUAGAUCAAAACAUGUUUGAUCAGCCCAAGAUGAGCCUGGAUUAUAGCACUAAUAAGGGCAAGAAGAUGUCGAAGAUUCUUGAUUCAGGAGAGAGUAAAUAAAUUCCGCUCUAUUGAUAUGCGAGCUGGCAGUAUGUUCAAGACACCUGUUAAUACUAAUACCAAAAGACUGAGGGAGAAGUCAAGCAAGGAAUAUAAGAAAUCUUUGAGGUAUCUCAAUAGAUCAGUAGUCAGCCACCCAUCCAAAGUGAAACUCCCAGCUAAAUCUUUUCUCACAUCUAAUGAGGACUUCCUGAAAAAUCCUAACUCUAAAUCUAAGAAGAAGUUAGGGCUCUCGAUAAUUAAGUUAGCAAGAGAGGUCUCCAAAGAGAGUUUAGAAAAUCGUGAUAAGGUUAAUACCAUUAUCACUGAAUGUGACAACUACAGGAAGAAAGAUAGGGUCUCACCUAUAAAAUAAACUAGAACACGAGCGGUUUCUCGAAAAUUAUUACCAAACAAAUUUUAACGAAACAGUUAACUUGAUGAAGAAGUUUAAAACUUCAGAUCCUAAUAUCCUCCUCAGAUUCUAUAACUACGAAACUAUAAAGAGGGAUGAGGAGAUGGUGAGAGUUGCAGAGGUGGCAAAGAAGUAUAAAAAAGAUAUCACAGACCCCUGUCGUACCUUAGCUGUAUUGGAAAGAAUAGGAAAUGCUCAUAAGGGUAAUCCUCAUUUGUAA